AGAAGGUUGUAGACCGAGUAAUGACGUGGAGGUCGGACGCUCCGCCGCUCUGGUGAGUGGUGACGCCCACGGCCGCGUUGUUUACGUUUGGGCGACCCUAGCGACACAGGCGGCGGUGUGGGGAAGUGACGGAGAACUGUAGUGUCGCCUUGGUAGUGCCCGUCUAUCCACUGUCUAGUUCCUGUCUCCCACUUACUACCACUAGAUUGAAGCUGUUCCUCUCUCUCAUUCCCCAGGACACUGUUGAUAAUUCGUCAGUGCACCAGAGCUGUGCGGGGUGAGGGUAUCAGUGCACGGUAGUGAGAGAUAAGGUAACAGGGGGAGGUCCCGGCCCUUAUACCGGUGUAGUGCCACGUGUGUCACCGAGGGGUGAGGAAGCUUCGAAGACAACCUCUGAGUGUUGUGUGCUGAGCGAGGAAAGAUGUCAGGGGAGAAGAAACAGAAGGAGGAAGGAGAGAAGACGACGAAGGAGAGGAAAGAGAGUGGGAAGAAAGGAGAACAUAAGAAAACUGGAGGUACUAGAGGAGGGACGCCCUGGUUCUCAUGGAUAUCGCUGGUGGCACUGGUGGGGGCGACAGUGGCUCUGGUGGUCACUGUUCACAGGCUCAACACCCAGCUGGCCGCAGAGAGGAGCAUUCAUCGACAACAGGUGGAGAAGCUAGAGACGGACGCGUCGGUCGCCAGAACAGAAGCCACAGUGGCCGCCAGCGAGAAGCUUGACGCUCUCACCAAGCUCACCAAGGUCGAGACCCAGCUCACCAAGGCUCAGGAGGAGAUCACAGCGGCGAACGAGGCCCAGGCGACGUCGAAGGAGGCGCUGACGAGGGCUAAGAAAGCGACUUCCAUACAAGAGGCCAAGAUAAAAGAGCAGCAGGAGGCAGUGACCAGGCUGGAGGGUGAGGUGGCCAGCGUCAAGGUUCAGCUGGGGACCGCCAACACACACUCCCAGGAACUCACCAACCAGCUUCAACAACUCCAGACGGUAGUAGAGGCCCACAAGUCAACGCUCGCUAAGUCUGAGGAGGACUAUGGAAGACUCACUGAGAAAUACACGGGGCUGAGUAAGAAGCAUCAGGAAACAGAGCAACAAGCGGAAGAAAUAAAGAUCCAAUUCUCCAAGAACCUCGAGCAUUUUAAGGCACUUCAGGAGGCCCACAACAACUUCAAGACGAGGAGCGAGCAAGCUGAGGAGAUACUGCAGCAGCAGGAGCAGCAGCUGGCGUCACAGGCAGAACAGCUGGCGGCGCAGGAGCAGCAGAACAAGGAGAAGACGGAGGAACUCCUCGCCUACAAAGAGAAGGACGAGAAGGCAGCAGCUGAACUCGAGGACUUAAAGGCCAAGGUGUUGCAUGAGAAGUCCAAAGUGGCCAGACAGGAAGAACAACUGAUGGAGGCACAGCAGCAGAUUAACUCCAAGGAACAGGUCAACGAGGAGCUGAAGGCGGCGUUGCAGAAGGCGGAGGUGGAGGCGGCGGCAACCAAGGGUCUCCUACAGAAUACCCAGGAAAACCUCGAUGAUGCUAAUCGUAAACUGCCCUUGAUCCAGAGUCGAGUGAAAGAACUCGAAUACCAGGUGAAGACACAACGUCAGAAGGCCGAACGAGAGGCUUGGGACAGUAAAGAGAAGCUCAAGAAACUCCACAAGAGGGUGAGAGACAAGGAGGAACGGCUGAUCGAAUUGGAAAAGGAGAAGGACAACUCAGACGAACAGCUCGGCCAGUACCAGCAGGCGACGAAGAACAAGGAGGAACAACUUCAGAGGACCUACGCGGAGUUGAUAUCCCUGAAGGAGACACUAUCUGAACGUGACGCCACUGUGUUGGAUAUGCAGGAGAACUGGCAAACGGCGAUGGGGAGAGUAGUCAUGCUAGAAGAGGAACUACAGAAAGCUAAAGAACGAUCAGCUCAAGGAUCACCUCAAGGAUCACCUCAAGGAUCACCCCAAGGAUCACCUCAAGGAUCACCCCAAGGAUCACCCCAAGGAUCACCCCAAGGAUCACCCCAAGGAUCACCUCAAGGAUCAACUAAGAAGGACGGCAAAUAAAACUCACUUCUGAACUCUUCAUACAUAUGGUGGACGUCUUGUAAACACCUAGACGUCAAGCUCACUGAAAGAACUCGGACCUCCGCUGUUAUGCUCAAUGUAAAACCAAUUUUUUUUUUCGUGAUUUCUCUUUUAUGAUCUACUCACGAGCGUCAUAGAAUAGUAUAAAAAAAAACUCAAUGACAACCAACUAUCGUGUGAUUAUUUUACACGACAUCAUACAAAGAGGUGUUCUGGCUGUCACCGUAUACCUGUUGCUUCCUACAGGUGUUAACAGAGCCCAGUGUUGUUGUCUUAAUCACUCGUGUGUGGAGACGUACCUGUCAGUUAUCAAGGCUCGGGUGUUGUAGUGUUGUAUGUGUUGUAGUGUUGUAUCGUAAGGACUGCUCUCUCCUGUACCUCCUAUGUUUUGCUUUCAUUAGUUAAUUGUUAUACUUGAUUAAUUAAGGGAUUUUUUUUAAAGUAGUUUGUUGGAAAUAGAUGAUUCUUUAAUUAGGCCCAUACUAGUUGUACAGUAAGAUCCGGUAUAGUUAAGAGAUCUCCAGGUAUGUAUGUGUUAGUAAUUUAGAUCUUCUUAAGGGACCAUCACUUCAGAAUUGAGAAUAAAGAAACUUGGGACCACAUUCCCUUAAUUAGAGGUCAAUAUAUUCUUCUGUACGUGUGUGUGUGUGUGUGUGUGUGUGUGUGUGUGUGUGUGUGUGUGAGUGUUUUUUACAAUUAAGAAUGAAAGUGCUUGGCUUUUUCCUAAUGAUCACAAAUGUGCCUUAUUAUAUAUAUAUAUACAAAACCUAAAGAAAAUAUUAAGAGUUAUGGAAACUGCACAAUUAACCACCUUAUUAUAUUUAUAUUAAACAUCAAAUCAGACAAUCCUGAAUUCAGUUUCAAUACUCUACCCAAAAUCAGAUUCGCCUGAAGACCUGAUUAACUUAGUCUCCUUAUCACAAAAUUAAAAUAGAUAAUUAUAAACAAGAUUUCUCCAACAAAAUCAAUAAAGAAAUGGCAUAAAAAAAUGAGAAUUACAGAUUUAUAAACUUGAAAAUAUAUAUAGAACCAUUAACUAUGAUGUAAAUAAUAACAGUAAUGAAUCCUUAUGCAGUGAAACAUUCCAGUAGUGUUAAUGGCGCACAGGAGUAUAUUAUAAUGGUGUUAAUAAUGAGGUGUGAGUCAUUGUAUGAGCGUGUGAAAGCUUUAUGCUGUAAUGUAUUGGUGUAGGAGAGCUUCAUUCUGAUUGGUUAUAUAGUCAAACAUAUCUACCAAUCAGCUAGUAGGCCUAUAUAUUAAGACAGAAGUUGUCGUUUAUUGGCUCCCACAUGUUGGAUUCAGCCAAUCAACGUGAGGGUAACUUUCUGUAACAUCCUCUUGACCUCAAAGUUUAUUUUAGCUCAAAGAUUUAUUUAUUGUUGUUGUUUUCUUUCUGUAUUUCGUAUGUUAAUAAAUUCUUUGGAAAUUA